AUGUUUGACCUUCCUAUGGCAAAACGCGUUCGACGCGAUGAGCUACUCUCCAGAGACUCAGAAUCUCCUCCCGCAUCGCCGCCCCCGGAAUCCGCGCUUCCAGAUGUCCAGCAGCGCCUUGGGGCAUUGCUCGAUCUCGACGCCCUGAUCGCACCCGCAUACGCCGCCCCUGAAUCCACCCAACCACAGGACAACGAGCACAACGCGGAUGAAGAGGAGCAAGAAUUCGAAUUCCGGUUGUUCAGUGCUCCUGCCCCGGCGACAGCCACGAAACCCUUGGCUGGUGCGACGUCGGACGGCAAGGACGCAAACGAGAACAAGGUGACGGACCCCGCCGCUGCGGCGGGGGUGGCGCAGAAACUACGAAUCCGGGUCCGGUCUCCAUCUCCUGGGGCUGGAGGUCUUGAGGAUGGUCGCUUGGUGAACCCCUUCCGCGGAUAUGGGCACUACUUCACCGCGCCGGGGUCGAUGACGGGGGGAAAGGCGGACAGCCAGGAGGAGGAGAUCCUCAGAGCUAAGAGGCAGCAAUUUGAGGAGGUGGCAGUAUCUGGGCUGCAGAUGCUGGGGUUCGCUCAGGUGCCGUGGCCUGGUUGUUAUCUUCCCUGGAAAGUGGUUCAUCUGAAGAGUGAGAAGACGGCGAAGGGAUCAAAGAGUGCAGGUGAUAUCGACAGCCAGCCGACGACUUGUGUGGUCGAUCCGCCCGAGAGAGUCCCCGUUUCGAGCAAAAAGCCCGGAAAGAAGCGGCGCAUCCAGCUGCGGAAACGCCGUUCGGCCAAGGAUGAAGCGAAGAAGCGGCAAGAGGAGGAAGAGAAACGUAAAGCGGAGAAACGCAACCGCAAGAAUCGCGAGCAGAAGCUCAAACGGAGACAAAAGGCCAGAGAACAAAAGGCCGCUGCAGCAGCUGCCGCCACUGCCGCUGGCACCGCCGAAGGUCAAGCUGCACAACCUGCUGGGGUGGAGGACGGUGCUUCCUCGGAUGGAGGAAGUGACUGA